AUGGCGAACCUAGACAUUUCACAAAAGCCAGAUGGGGGAGACGUCGAGCCUCAAAACCAAGAAACCGAUUUGAGAACGGAGAAAGUGCACGUGGAGCAAGAGUCUGCACCAUUCAGACAGACGGAACCGCACGGGCAAUCAGAGGCAGACCAGCAAGAGAAGAAGCAGAAUGAUGACGAUCCGUUCAAGCAUCUGCCCGAGCACGAGAAGGCAAUACUCAAGAGGCAGCUGGAUCUGCCAGUCGUCAAGGUCAACUACAUGACCUUGUUCCGUUAUGCGACAAGGAACGACAAGAUUAUCCUGGUCAUGGCCGGGCUAGGAGCGAUCAUAGGUGGUGCACUCCUGCCGCUUAUGACCGUACUGUUUGGACAACUUGCAGGUACCUUCCAGAGCUUCUCCCUAGGCACAAUAUCCGCAAGCCAAUUCACCCACGAGCUUGGCAAGUACUCUCUGUACUUUGUCUAUCUCGCCAUUGGCGAGUUUGUGAUGGUAUAUCUGGCCACCGUGGGCUUCCUGUACACAGGUGAACACAUCUCAUCAAAGAUAAGAGAGCAGUUCUUGGCCGCUAUUCUCAGGCAGAACAUCGCUUUCUUCGACGGACUCGGUGCCGGUGAGAUUACUACACGCAUUACAGCAGAUACCAAUCUUGUCCAGGAAGGUCUCUCAGAAAAAGCUGGAUUGACCUUGACGGCCAUUUCCACCUUUGUGGCAGCGUUCGUCAUUGGUUUCAUCAGGUACUGGAAGCUCACGCUGAUUCUGACUUCAACCGUGGUAGCUAUCGUUGUCACGCUGGGCGCUGUGGGCUCACUUGUCGGCAAGCUCAGCAAAAAGUACAUUGGCCAUUUUGCCGAAGGCGGAACGGUUGCAGAAGAGGUCAUUAGCUCCAUCCGAAAUGCGACUGCAUUCCACACUCAGGACAAGCUGGCUCGACAAUACGACACAUAUCUCAUCGCGGCAGAGAAGUCAGGAUUCAAACUCAAGGCCACCACCAGUCUCAUGAUCGGUUUUCUGUUUCUGUACAACUACCUCAACUAUGCACUUGCUUUCUGGAUGGGCUCCCGCUUCCUAGUGGAUGGAUCCGUCAACUUAUCGCAGAUCCUUACCAUUCAAAUGGCCAUCAUGAUCGGGGCUUUUGCUCUAGGGAAUGUUGCACCUAAUAUUCAAGCCCUCACCUCAGCUGUCUCUGCCGCAAAUAAGAUCUACGCAAUGAUUGAUCGGGUGUCUCCUCUCGAUCCUGUAUCGACCGAGGGCGAGAAGCUGGAUUCGGUGCAAGGCAACGUGGAGCUCAGGAACAUCAGACACAUAUAUCCUUCCCGGCCCGAGGUUGUUGUGAUGGAUGACGUGAACCUGCUGAUACCCGCCGGCAAGUCCACCGCUCUUGUUGGUGCUUCAGGUUCUGGGAAAAGCACUAUUGUCGGACUGAUUGAACGUUUCUACGACCCGGUCGGUGGAUGCGUGUACAUCGACGGUCAUGACAUCAAGGGUUUGAAUCUACGCUGGCUGCGACAACAAAUAUCUCUGGUGAGCCAGGAGCCCGUCUUGUUCGCUACUACCAUAUAUGGCAACAUCAAGCACGGUCUCAUCGGGACGACCCACGAGCAGAAGUCUGAAGAAGCAAUUCGCGAGCUGGUGGAACGUGCUGCUCGAAUGGCGGACGCCCACGAAUUCAUCACUACCCUUCCUGAAGGCUACGAAACCAACAUUGGAGAACGAGGGUUCCUUCUCUCAGGCGGUCAGAAGCAACGCAUUGCCAUUGCAAGAGCCAUAGUUAGCGAUCCAAAGAUCUUGCUGCUUGAUGAAGCAACAUCCGCACUCGACACGAAGAGUGAGGGUGUUGUCCAAGCCGCGCUCGACAAAGCUGCCCAAGGACGAACCACUGUGAUUAUUGCUCACCGACUGUCCACUAUCAAGCAUGCCGACAACAUUGUGGUUAUGUCUCAAGGACGUAUUGUCGAGCAGGGUACCCACGGCGAACUUCUCGAGAAGCAAGGAGCUUACUGCACCUUGAUCAAGGCCCAGCGAAUCGCCGCCGAGCAAGAAUCUGGAGACCAAGAUGAAGAUCUCAUACUGUCUGAAAAUGAUGGCAAGAUGGUGCAAUCCAAAUUUAGUAAGGAGGACAGCUACUCGGGCCAGGAGGCUCAUGGAGAGGGCGUUAAUGAUCUUCAGCUGGGCCAGACACAGGCAGACUGGACUACAUCGAGGAUGGCACUUCCGAAGAAGCAACAAGAGGACAGGGACGACAAUUAUACCUUAUGGACGCUGAUACGGUUUGUCGCCGGCUUCAACAAGCAAGAAUGGAAGUUGAUGGUCUUUGGACUUUCGCUUUCUUUCAUUAUCGGAGGAGGGAAUCCAACGCAGGCUGUUUUCUUAGCCAAGUCCAUUGCGGCUCUUUCGCUUCCUCUUUCAGAGCACGCUGAGAUACGACGGCAAGCCAACUUUUGGUCUCUGAUGUAUUUGAUGCUGGCCUUUGCACAGUUCUUCGCUCUUAUCACCCAGGGUAUUGCGUUUUCAUACUGCGCAGAGCGGCUUAUUCACCGGGUCCGCGACCAAGCAUUCCGAUAUAUUCUACGGCAAGAUAUCGCUUUUUUCGAUAAGAACUCGUCGGGCGCCCUCACUUCGUUCUUAUCUACCGAGACCACCAACCUGGCUGGACUGUCUGGAGCUACUCUCAUGACGAUUCUCUUGCUUGUCACCACUUUAGUUGCCGCCUCCACCAUUGGUCUGGCCGUGGGAUGGAAACUUAGUCUGGUGUGCAUCUCCACCAUUCCAAUCCUUCUCGCUUGCGGGUACUUCCGUCUGGCUAUACUUUCCCGAUUCGAGAAGGAGAAGAAGAAAGCCUACGAAGAGUCUGCAAGCUACGCUUGUGAGGCCACCUCCGCCAUCCGAACCGUGGCUUUCUUAACCCGCGAGGACGACGUUUGGAAUCAUUACCACGAACAGCUCCUGGGACAAGGCCGCAAGUUUACCAUGUCAAUUCUCAAGUCAUCCGUGCUUUAUGCAGCAUCUCAAUCGUUCCAGUUUCUUUGCAUGGCACUCGGCUUCUGGUAUGGAGGUACCUUGUUCGGCAGACAUGAAUAUACAAUGUUCCAAUUUUUCCUGUGCUUCAGCGCGAUUAUUUUCGGGGCGCAAUCUGCAGGAACUGUUUUUAGCUAUGCACCCGACAUGGCUAAGGCCAGACACGCUGCUGUUAGUCUCAAAACUCUCUUCGACAGGAAGCCGGACAUCGAUAGCUGGAGCCAAGAUGGCGAGCAGGUCCAGAGCAUAGAAGGCCGUAUUGAGUUCAGGAACGUGCACUUUAGGUACCCAACGAGACCUAAUCAGCCCGUUCUGCGAGAUCUCAAUUUGCAAAUCAAGCCUGGACAGCACGUCGCUUUGGUUGGAGCCAGUGGAUGUGGCAAGUCGACCACGAUUUCCCUAUUGGAAAGAUUCUACGAUCCACUCAUCGGCGGUAUCUAUGUUGACGGUAAGGAAAUCUCAUCAUUCAACAUCAACGAAUACCGCUCCCAUCUAGCGCUUGUUAGUCAAGAACCAACUCUCUAUAGCGGCACCAUCCGCGAGAACAUUCUGCUAGGUACAGACCGAGUCGACGUUCCAGAAGAGGAAAUAGUGCAAGUCUGCAAAGAUGCAAAUAUCUACGACUUGAUCAUCAGUCUGCCGGAAGGACUCAAUACACUUGUUGGCAGUAAGGGCAGCAUGUUGUCAGGUGGUCAGAAACAGCGUGUCGCGAUUGCGAGGGCACUGCUCCGCAACCCCAAGAUCCUCUUGCUAGAUGAGGCCACCUCAGCUCUCGACUCAGAGUCUGAAAAGGUCGUGCAAGCUGCUUUGGAUGUCGCCGCGAUAGGCCGUACAACGAUCGCCGUGGCACAUCGUCUGAGUACGGUGGAGAAGGCAGACAUGAUCUAUGUCUUCAACCAGGGCCGAAUCAUCGAGUGCGGCACACACUCUGACCUAAUGCAGAAGGGGAGCGCGUACUUUGAACUGGUCAACUUGCAGAGUCUGGGCAAUGCGUAA